UUCUCUUCUGCCCCUUCAUUUUCUCUCUUCUUUUCUCUAUCUGGAUUUGCAUUUUCAUCUCUUUCAUUCGAUGCUUCACGAAAUGAAAGAAAGCGUGGAAAACCCUCUGCACCUAAAAUCUGUCAACCAUAUCUCUCUCAUCUGCACCUCCGUCGUAAAAUCCAUCAACUUCUAUCAGAACAUUCUCGGCUUCUUCCCCAUCAGGAGGCCAGGAUCAUUGGAUUUUGACGGAGCAUGGCUAUUCGGAUAUGGAAUUGGAAUUCACUUGCUUCAAGUAGAGGACCCCAGCAACAUUCCAAGAAAGAAAGAAAUUAAUCCGAAAGAUAAUCACAUAUCAUUCCAGUGUGAAAGCAUGGGAGCAGUGGAGAAGAAGCUUGAGGAAAUGGAGAUAGAAUACGCGCGUGUAACGUUGGAAGAAGGCGGGAUCAAAGUGGAUCAGUUGUUUUUUCAUGACCCAGAUGGUUUCAUGAUUGAGAUAUGCAACUGUGAUAUCCUUCCCGUGAUUCCCUUAGCAAGUGACAUGGUUAGGUCAUGCUCUCGAAUGAACCUUCAGAUGCUUCAACAGAGACAGAUACACCAAAUUGGGAAACAGGACUCAGCUUUUCCUUCCGGCCACACCAAAAUUCAAAAUGCUUUUGUUUAGGUCACACAUACAUGUAUAAUUAUGAACUCCUCCUUCUUCUUCUUCCUCAUGUUAUUAUACUUUUUUUCUUGUUCUGUCAAUUUUGUUUUCUCUGUAAUAUUGCUUAGUUUGAAGUGUAAACUGCUCCCUACACAACUUUUUUACUAGGUACUUUUUGUAUCAUUGGUUUUCUUAAUGUGAAAAAUGCUUU